AAAGCACACCCAAACCUUCACAUCUCCUCUUCGUCUCUGCCCUCUCUUCUCUCUCUCUCCCCCACACACACACACUGUUGCGUGUGUAAAGUUGUUCGAUUCUUCCACUCUCUCUCCCUCCACAUUCCACACUCUCUAAAAUCAUUCCAAACUACAAAAAUGAUGCAAGAAAUGUGGAAUGGGCCGCCCGGUUUCCGACCCACAAAAUCGGCUCCGUCGUCUCCCGCCAAGCCGCUGGGCGUCUGCCGAACCAGGUCUGACACCUUCCACGUGACUCACAAGGUCCCGGUUGGAGACACCCCUUAUGUCCGGGCGAAAAAUGUUCAACUUGUGGAUAAGGAUCCGGAGAGGGCAAUACCUUUGUUCUGGGCAGCAAUUAAUGCCGGAGAUAGAGUGGAUAGUGCCCUUAAAGAUAUGGCCAUUGUGAUGAAGCAGCAAAACAGGGCGGAAGAGGCAAUCGAAGCCAUCAAGUCGUUGCGCAGCCGUUGUUCCGAUCAAGCCCAAGAAUCCCUUGACAACAUCUUGUUAGAUCUUUACAAGAGAUGUGGGAGAUUGGAUGACCAAAUAGCACUGCUGAGGCACAAACUGUAUCUAAUACAGCAAGGAAUGGCGUUUAAUGGGAAGCGAACCAAGACGGCAAGAUCCCAAGGGAAGAAGUUUCAGGUCUCCGUCGAGCAAGAGGCGACUCGAUUGCUGGGGAACUUGGGAUGGGCACUGAUGCAGCAAAACAAUUACAUAGAGGCAGAAGAGGCUUACAGGCGAGCGCUUUUACUGGCGCCGGAUAAUAACAAGAUGUGCAAUCUGGGCAUUUGCCUGAUGAAACAAGGGAGAAUAGGCGAGGCGAAAGAGACCCUUCGGAGAGUAAAGCCAGCGGUGGCCGACGGCCCCAGAGGCGUCGAUUCCCACCUCAAGGCCUAUGAGAGAGCGCAGCAAAUGCUUAGAGACCUUGAGUCUGAGAUGAUGAACCGGGGCGGUGAUAGGGUGGAACAGAGUAAGCUGUUUGACGCAUUCUUGGGUUCUUCCGCUAUCUGGCAGCCUCAGCCUUGCAAGGAGCAAAAUCUUGCUCCAUUCUCCAACGCGCAUCCGCCGUCUAAACUUCAAGACGAUGCUUAUGCCGAUGAGAAUGCAAACUCCAACAUCAUAACCAGCCGUUUGCCACAAAGAAGCGCCAAGCCAGGAAUUGGUGCUACUCUGGUGAAUUCACUCAACAUUGAUGCACCACCAUUCUAUUCAUCCAAAUUUGGGAAGGAUUCUUCCGCAGGUACUGCCCUUUUGCCUGAGAGUCUUAAGAGGACAAGGUCCGGAAACGUAGCAAACUUAGAGCAGAAGAUGAUGGCUUGCACCGAGCCGGAGAAUAAAGUGCGUAAACAGUCCAUAUCACCGGAGAAAACUGGCGAUAAGUGGGCCGAUUUGCUCCCGGAUAGCAAGGACUUUGAGGAGGCUAUAAUUGCUGCUGUUUUAGGUCCGGGUUACGAAACAACGAGAAAGACUGACGACAAAAGGCAUGGCAACGGCGAUGAUAUCACUCAGAGAAAGGUGGUUGACAAAAGGCUCAAAGUAUUUCAAGACAUUACAGCAUCUUUGAGUCCAAAGGCCUGACUUUUUAUUGAACAUUAUAUAUAGAUAUGACUUAAAAGCUAAUUUAGUUGGAAUCUUGAUUCUAAGUUAUGGUAAUGUUUUAGGUUGGAGAUGAACUUGUUCUCCUCAAGUUUCAUUCCUGUAGGGAGAGGGAAGGAGGGAGGGAUUCACAGCUAAAUAAAUGGUGUCUCCACCCCAUCCCCACCCCCACCCCCUCAACAGAGGAGUGUCUGUCUAAUUUUAUUCAUUUUCUGCCUUUUC